AUGGCUAGUGUUAGCUACUAUUCUGCUUCUAAAUUGGAACCAAAUGUUGAAGAAUUCAAUUCAGAAGAAAUGCAGCACCUUCUCUUUGAUUUCAACUAUGAUGAUGGUCACACCUUUUCUGAUGAAAAUCAAGAUUGUUAUUUUGAUCCAGACGAGUUUAUUUUACCUGUCGAAAUGAAUAACAAUUCUUGUUUCAUGCCAGAGUACUCUGUUUUUGAGAAACAACAAGAGGUCGUUCAAGAUGACAUAAUGAAUAACAAUUCUUGUUUCAUUCCAAACUACUCUGUUUUUGAGAGCACCCCAAAACGUCAAAAGGUUUUUGACUUCCUUCCAAAUAGUACUAUAAUAACCCCGGCCACUCACAAUUCAUCAUUCAUGCCAGAGUACUCUGUUUAUGAGAAACAACAAAAGGUCUUUCAAGACAACUGUCAAAGUUUGUUCAAUGAGGGGUUUGUGCCAAAUCCUCCAAUGUUUGAGGAUUUUGCCUCGUAUUUGCUUCCAGAAAUUCCUAUGCCUGUUUUUAGCAGCAAUAAUGCUGGAGUUGUCGCGAAGAAAGGCGGUAGUAAUAAUAAUAAUGAGAAGAAGAUGUCAGCACAGAGUAUCGCGGCGAGGCAAAGGAGGAAGAAGAUUAGCGAUAAGACACAAGAAUUGGGUAAAUUGAUACCUGGUGGACACAGGAUGAAUACUGCUGAAAUGCUUCAAGCUACUUUCAAGUAUAUUAAGUUGUUGCAAGCACAAGCUGGACUUCUUGCAUUCAUGGGAUCAUAUCAGGAAUCAUUUGAAACAUCAAAUUUGCAGAAACUUGUUGGAUCUUCCUUGAUUCAAGAAAAGUUGUAUUCAAGUGAACAUUGCUUGGUUCCAAAAGUGUUCCUUGAAGCACUAGAAAAUAAUCAAGAAUUCCAAAAUUCACAAGUCCUUGAGGAAAUCAAAACUUUGAUCAAAUGA